AUGUCCCAAUUCCUCACUUACCUCCCCCAGUCCGAGGGUGUCUUGCCCAAAUGGCUGGUCUUUGUCUCCGUGGUCUCCGCCCUGAACAGUCUCCAGGCCUACAUCUCCCCGGCCUACACCUCUCAGCUCUACAGUAACGGCCAUGUCCCUGCUAGCCCGCUGUCUGGCCGUGUCUUUGGAACUUGGACUUUCCUUUCCGCUGUUAUUCGCAUGACUGCCGCGUACAACAUCAGCAACCCUGUCGCGUACGAUCUCGCCUUGUGGACUUACGGAAUUGCCCUAACACAUUUUGUUGGUGAACUUGUCUUUGGAAAUGCUACCCUCAAGGGUCGUUUCAUCAGUCCUUUGAUUGUGGCAUCGUCGUCGCUUGCUUGGAUGUUGACGCAGCGCGAGGCGUACCUUGCUUAA